CAGGCGAGCAGGCAGGCGGCGGCGGGGGCCAUCGUCAUUAGUGCGGGAGGGCGCGCCCGAGGCGGACGGAGCCGAAGCGAGUGGUGCGGCCGGCCAGCGAGGGAGCGAGCAUGGCGGAGCAGGAGCCCACGGCGGAGCAGCUGGCCCAGAUCGCGGCCGAGAACGAGGAGGACGAGCACUCGCUCAACUACAAGCCGCCCGCCCAGAAGAGCAUCCAGGAGAUCCAGGAGCUGGACAAGGACGACGAGAGUCUCCGCAAGUACAAGGAGGCCCUGCUCGGGGCCGGGGCCGCCACUGCUGCCGCCGCCGCCGAUCCCGACGCGCCGAACGUCAUCGUGACCCGCCUGACUCUGGUGUGCGGCACCGCUCCCGGACCCCUCGAGCUUGACCUGACCGGAGACCUGGAGAGCUACAAGAAGCAGUCAUUUGUGCUGAAGGAAGGCGUGGAGUAUCGGAUAAAGAUUUCCUUCCGGGUGAACAAGGAGAUCGUGUCGGGCAUGAAGUACAUCCAGUACACCUACAGGAAAGGAGUGAAGAUCGACAAGACCGACUACAUGGUGGGCAGCUACGGGCCGCGGGCGGAGGAGUACGAGUUCCUGACGCCCGUGGAGGAGGCGCCCAAGGGCAUGCUGGCCCGCGGCAGCUACAACAUCAAAUCGCGCUUCACAGACGACGACAAGACGGACCACCUGUCCUGGGAGUGGAACCUCACCAUCCGGAAGGAGUGGAAGGACUGAGAGCCGGGGAGGGGGGUCCCCCGGCCGACCCCGACCCCGGGGCGGGAGGGGGGCCGCGCCAACCCCCGCCUGUGGUCGUAGGAGAGUCCCACCCACCCGCGCCCCCCGUCUCCACCCCCCAAUUCCCGAACCAAAGUGCCGACAGGGCCGCCCCGUCCCCGUUCCCUCCUCCCCCGUCCCCAAAAUCCCCCCCGUGCAUCUCGGUGGGUGGCGGGGGGGGUCCCCAUUCUCCCCCGUGCGCCCCCACCCCGCCCUCGCCCCUUCCCCCCCUCAGCAGGACACCUCAGCUCUUCCAGGUCACGUCAGUUUCCGGUCGCUGCUUGGGGGCCGGGGGGGGGUCUAAACAAGCCCCCCGCCUCACUGCCAUGGGGGGCCGGGGUGGUUCCACCUCCCCUCAAGCCCCCCACCCCGGGCCGGAAGUGGGGAGGGGGAGGCGAUCAUUUGAAUCCCGGGCCUCGGCCCAUUCGUUGCCAUCCGUAACCGUGGAGCCCUGAUGCCUUAACGUGUGGAACACAUGCGUGUACACGCGUGAAGACCCCCCCCCCGCCCCCCGCUCCCACCCGUCGGCGCCUCUGUGUCUCCGCAUGAGCAUACGUGGUUUUUGGGGUAUUUUUGGGGUUUGGUUUUCCCUCUCCCACCCUCCCGCUCGCCUCCCAGAAGCCCUCCUGGCCGACGAGGACCGAAGUCCCGGUGGCCUGGCUUGCACCCCUUUGGGGGGCCGGGGCGGGGGUCCCCGCUCCGCCCCUCCCGCUCCCAUUCAACGGUUCAGCCUCCGUGGUCCCGGCCCGUGGGGAUUUAUCCCGGCCGGGACGGACGUGGGACCAAAUCGGCCCGGGUCGCCCCCCUCGCCCGGGCCCCCCGUUCGGUGCCACUUUCCCUCCGGGCCGGAGCCGCUCCCGGCUCCGCCGGCGAGGGAUCAGAACUGGCCAAAUGUCCUGCUUCUCCUUUUCCGACCUGGAAAUAAACACAAAUAGAGCUGCGUCUCUG